AUGCACGCAGCGAAUGAAAUAGAAGAAGAAGAAUUGAACGAUUCCCGGUAGUUGAACCGCCUCGGGUCCUCCCGUAGGUGACUUACUAUUUGUUUUGGAGACCCGGACAAAAAUGGCAAUAACGCGGAUUUAAUUGUCAUUUAAUGGCUUUAGCGAGCCAAUACACCGUGAUGUUUUCCCAACAUUAAUUGUUUGCUGGUGAUUAGCGCCUUCAAGACUCAUCGCUGGACCCAAAGAUAUAAACAUGGAGGCGGGCUCGGAGGUUACGGAGAACAUCGCGUUCCGGGGAGUGGAGUUUGCCGUGAAGGUAGAGGUGGAUAACGGUGUUCUGCUGGUAGAAAUCUCUGAUUCAAAAACAGCAGAUCAAUGGAAAGGAGAAUUUGAUCCAGCGUACAUCGAAGACCUGACACGGAAAACCGGCAACUUCAAACAGUUUCCCAUUUUCUGCAGCAUGUUGGAGUCGGCAGUGAGGAAGACAAGCGAUUCUGUCACACUGGACCUGUUGACCUACGCAGACUUGGAGCUGCUGCGGAACAGGAAAGCGGGGGUGGUGGGUCGCCCUCGAGGCCACCCGCAGUCGUCGGCGCUCACCGCCAAACGUUACCUUAUUCUCAUCUACACCGUGGAGUUUGACAGGAUACACUAUCCUUUACCGCUGCCCUACAUCGGCAAGCCCGACCCGGCCGCUCUGCAGAAGGAAAUCCGGAGCCUCAGGGCAGAACUUAGCGCGCUAACCUCUCAGGGGGUCGGCAAGUCCGCGGAACUCGAAAUCCAUCGCUUGCGAGCGGAGCUGGCCCUGAUGAAGGAGGAGAAAGAGGCCAUCGCCAAAGUCCUGGAGCGUCUUCAGCUCGGCAGAAGCGCUUCCACCCCCGCCGGACCUACCGAGUGGAGAGGUCGGGAUGCGGUGAGGACGCUGGAGGAGCAGCUGCUCAAAGAGAAGGCCAAGAGUCAGCACUCGGCCAGCAAACGAUGCCAGGAGCAGCGACUCAUGAUGGAGCAGCUGGAUGAGCUGAGAGCGUCGGAGUGCGCGCUACGGCUUCACGUCAAGAGUCUCACCAACGAACUGGCGCUGCUACGCAGAAGAGGGACGCCCGUGUCCGGAUGCGCAGACAUUUAUCGCUCGCGCAACCCUGUCAGGGGUCGCUCGGGAUCCAGAGAACGGCGAGGCGACCGAGCGCAAAGGUCCGCGGAAAGAGGAACGAGAGUGGACUCGGCGGGGCCGCGCGCCGUCGUGCGAAGGUCAUCGCCUUCUCCCACAGGGUCUCGAGCUCCUCGCUUUGACCCGACGGCGUACAUCCAGGACAGACAGCGGCGCUUAAGAGAAUCCGAACUCAAAAAACAGUUAAAGGUGCGACGAGACUUGAUGGUGUCGCCGUCCAUGCUACCCGAACGAGGCCGUUCCCGCUCCAGAGAGGCUUGUCCUCGGUUACGUCGAUCCGGCAGCCGAGGUCGGAGUUUGUCGGUGGAGCGGCGGGGGAGCGGGAACUCCUCGGAGAGCUCUCUGCUGGAUAUGGAGGAAAUGACCAAGGCGCUGUUCAGGGGAAGGAAACGGACCUUCAACGGCCCCGGUGUGUCCAGAGGUAGCCUGAUUACCCGGAAGCCAUUAAGCAGCACUCCAACGUACAGAAUGAAGGAUAAAGACGGCUCCAUGGACACCGGCGCGGAGUUGUCGGAGAUAGAUGCCAGGCUUCAGGCCCUGCAGGAGUGCAUGAGGGACUUGGACACGGGAUAUUGACAGAUGGCGCAGCCUGACGGGACCGAACGGCGUCGGCAGCUCCGGACACCAUUUUGUUUUGAGCGCGAGACAGUUUAUGCUUAUGACGUCAAACGAAAGCAAUCACUGUGGAAGUCUACACAGUACUUUUUCAUGACUGUUUUUUUAUAUUAAAGUAUUGUGAAUAAAUGUGACAGUAAUAUUCAAAGUGCUGCUUUUUCGUCACGUUUUUGUAAAAUAGCACUCAAAAAGACUUUUAACAUGGAAAAAUGCUUUUUAUUUUACUGUAAUGAACCUUAAAUAACUUGGAAUUCUUCAGUCCCUUCAAUGACAACAGUGCAAAAACAUCUUAGACAAAGUAUAUAACAACGUUACGAAAUGCAGUGUCAGACAAAAUAUUGGGCAUACUUGGUCAGUGUCUCACUGAGAGACCGAUAUUUGUCGUAAUCCCUUUUAGUAGUACAGUACUUGGAAAAAAAUAGCACUUAACCACCAAAAAAAAAACAAGGCAAGAGAUACAUUAAAGUGCUUAAUGCUGAGAACCUGAACAACAGUUGAAAUGAUUCCAACUAUUAACUUUUGGGGGGAAAAAUGGCACAUUAAGAAAACUUUUGAACGCAUGUCUUAAUGAAUACCAAAUUCUUCAGUUUCCAGCUGCUCAUGAGGUUUUUUGUGUGCUCGCAGCAGGCGUCUCCCCCGCCAUCUCUUGACUGCGUCGCUUGCUCAAAAUGGUCUGGAUGUGCAGUGUGAGCUGGAAUAAAAGCAAUGAAGCCCUUUCAGAGACUGUGGACAUCUAUUCAAAAGUGCUAGUUA